UCGGGUCAAAGGUGACAUAUUUCCCUGACGAUAAUCGACGCCGUUCUGAAUUCUUUGUAGAUUGUUGGUUGGAAUAUGAACAUGAUUGUGGAAUAAGCUUCUGACUUAAGAAUGGAGAAAGGGCGGUAAUCCUCACCUAGGUGUUGUUAGUUGAAGUCCUCAAUCUGCUCUUGGACUCUGUUGGAGAACUGCAAGAUCCUGAGGAUUUGCCCACAUCAUCAAGAAGUUACACUUUCAUGUAGGAAAACACGGAAACUCGCCACUGGACUGAAUACACUCCCAAUAGAUGAACUCUGUCACCAAAAGAAAAGAUUUGCAUGUAUUUAGAUCAACUCUAAAGUGAUAGUUUGACUUUCGGUACCAAUAUCAGAGCUUAGACUGCUACAAGAAUAGUUUUUCAGAAAUUGAUGACUGAAAAGUAAGAAGACAUCAUUUAAAAGAUUCAGUGACUUAGAAGCCAAGACCAUUGUCAAGAUGGGAGAAGAGAAAGGAAGAGAUGAGGGGAAUGAGGCUGGACCAGGUCAGAUGUAUCAACCUUACAUCAUCAUGGAAGACCUGCUCGAUAAACUCAAGCUUUUGAACUAUGAGGAGGAGUUUCUGAAAGAACUUGGCUUCAAGCCUCUUUCCAGGCACUACUUCGCUAUUGCUACCAAUCCCGGGGAGCAGUUCUACAUGUUCACAUCACUCUCAGCCUGGUUAAUAAGUCUAAGUGGCAAGCAAUUUGACAGGCCACAAGAGUACGAUGAUCCAAAUGCCACAAUAGCAAAUAUCCUGGCUGAAGUUCGCCAGCUGGGGGCGGCAACAGACUUUCCUCCUAACAAACUCAAGACCGGACAUGGCGAAUACUGCAUCUACGUCUUGGACAAGCUAGCCGACGAGGCCCUCAAGAAGUCUGGAUUCAAAUGGGGAAAGCCUCUCUAUCCAGAAGAGGAGACCGAGGAGGAAUCUACGGUCGAUGAUGAUGUCGAACUCACGCUAGAUAAAGUAGAUGACGAGAUAGCUGAGGAAGAAGAUAUAGAAGAAGAAGAAAGUUUUCUUGAUCUGGAAGGGCUAAGGAAUCUUCAAACGAACAAGGAAACAGCAGAGAGCUCUAGACCUGAGGAGAUCAUGGAGUCAUCGGUUGAUGCUAAUGAGUGGAGGUUAGAGGUCGAGAGGGUGACCCCAUCCCUAAAGGUCCACAUUAGAACAGAUAACAAGGACUGGAGAACACACGUUGAUCAGAUGCAUCUACACAAAGAUGGGAUUGAGACGGCUCUCUCAGAGACCAAGGGUUACCUUGACAAACUGCACAAGGAGAUCACAAGGACGUUGGAGAAGAUAGGGAGCAGAGAGAAAUACAUCAACAACCAGCUUGAGCAUCUACUACAGGACUUCAGAGGGACACAAGAUGGUUUAGCCGAGGUGAAGGAACAGUACAGGCAGGCUAGCGGCGGGGUGACAGAACGAACGAGACAACUUGCUGAAGUGACAGAAGAAUUGGAACGGAUAAAACAAGAGAUGGAAGAGAGAGGGUCAAGCAUGACUGACGGAUCUCCGUUGGUGAAGAUCAAGCAAGCUCUCCAGCGUCUGAAGAACGAGGUCAUCCAGAUGGAUGUCAGGGUAGGGGUCGUGGAGCAAAACCUUCUUCAAGCAAAGCUCAAAGACAAGACUAACAUGCAAAGGGAUAUGAAUAAACCCAUUGGAAAUGCAAAUGAUUAUGAUUAUUUAAAGGGAUAAACACGAUCGCAUCUAUUUUCAAGAAGCCAGAUGGAUGUCAGGGUAGGGGUCGUGGAGCAAAACCUUCUUCAAGCAAAGCUGAAAGACAAGACUAACAUGCAGAGGGAUAUGAAUAAACCAAUUGGAAAUGCGAAUGAUUAUGAUUAUUAAAAGGGAUAAACACGAUCGCAUCUAUUUUCGAGAAACCAACACAAGGGGAAUUUCAAUACCCCAUUGUACAUCCGGCCAUAGACAUCAUGUUCUGAUUACCGGUAUGUAGUAUGUCGUUGUAAUGAUCACACAUUUCAAUAGGAGACCCACAGCUAUUGAAAUUGCGUUAGGUUGAUUUUCUAAAGUAGUUGCGAUCGAGAUUAUUAAAAGUUUGGGGUAUGAAUAACACAGACUAUAGGCUAAGCAUAAAAGCAAUGUUGGAAGAGAAGUAUAUGCAGAUUACUAUAGGAGUUUAAAAUAGGGGUUGUCGAGUAAAACUUCCAAGGAAAGCUGAAAGAUAAGAUUGUCAUGCAAAGAGAUGUGAAUAAACAUAUUGGUAUUAAAAGCUAAUGAAUAUGAUUGUAAAAAAAA